CGGGGCAACUCGGCCCCUCGGAGCUAGGAGCGAGGGGUUGGGAGAAACCGGGGAGACCAAGAGGUAGGCCUCGGCCUCUCCACCCGGAGGGGCUCCCUAGGGCCAGGUCCACACUCGGGCAGAGGACGAAUUUGGCCUCGCCCCAGUACAGCUGGCUGUCAAGAUCGGACCCCGCCUUUAGAGCAGACAGGACCACAUUGCAGAAAUUCGUGCCACCUCGGCAGAGGAAAAGUACCAGAAAGCGUUUCAGUCCAAAUGAAGAGAUUCGUCAGAAAUCUGCCCCUGGUGAAGCUGGAAUCCCCCGCCCCGCUGGUGACGGAGGCGGGUGAGACGGGCUGUGCCUGAGCAGACCCUGUGACUCAACAUUCUCGCUUGGACUUGAACCACCUCCUGUAGUUAGUACUUACUGGACACGCACAUUCAGUGGGCUCUGGAUUCCAGGACAGUAAGAAUCACUUGAUGACUGGUUUGUCAGCAUAAUGACUUCUACGAACAGAACCAGUGAAAUAAUUACAAAGCUCAAAGAAAGCGAACAAUGUCUCCUGAAGGAGAUAAAUGAAAAGCGUGAAUCCAACUGCCUUGUGGAAAGAAGCAAUCAAGUCAGUUUACUGAGAGCUCAAAAGAGGCAUUUCAGUGGUGCCUAUAUGCCCUCAACUCACACCCAAAUCAAAGAAUAUGUUCCUGACAGUGGCAGGAGCUCCUGGCUCACACUGAGUCUCCUUGCUCACACGGAGAAAAAGCACUUUCCUGCAAAAAAUAAUGCCAUAUUUGGAUAAAGUGCAUCUCCAGAGACACAAAGAAAUAUAAUCUCUUUGAUCCUUCCUCAAUGUCUGUCUUAUUUACAAAUAUUAAUUAUAAAAGAAGAAAAAAAAAUUAUUCACUGGAUCACCAAGAAAACAUUUUAUUGUCACAUAAAACAUAUCUUAUUCAUUCCAAACCAUUAUUUAGACUUGGAUGUUCUGGAGAGGUUUUGAGUGAUUAAAGAUAGUUUCAAAGAUGAAUGACCAAAAAGUUCACUUUACAGUGAUCUUCUCUUUUGUAAAAAAUGUUUUAUUUUUUUUUAAGUUUAUUUAUUUAAGUAAUCUCUACACCCAACAUGGGGCUCGAACCCGCAACCACAAGACCAAGAGUCGCAUGCUCUUCCAACUGAGCCAGCCAGGUGCCCCUAACCUAGAAUGUUUAAAUAGCUUGUUUUUGAAAUUAGUAGAUGUGUUGACCAAUCCCACUAGUCAAGUUGAAGACUCAAGUUUCUCAAAGCUAACACUUGCUUCUAUUGUGUAAUUGCAUUAACUUACUCUGUUAAAGCUGCGAUUUUGAUAAUUUGAAGAAGUACAUACUUGAGAAGGUAAUAUAA